AUGACAACAAAAAGAUGCUCCAAGUGUCGCGACCAGCGUCACUUGACUGAAGAGCAUGAAGAGCACGAAGAGUACAAGGACACGGGAGCAAUUUACCGAGUCAUCGAAGCUCCCCUCCCAGGCUUUGCCACUAAGUACGGCAAAGAUCAAUUCUGCUUGAUCGUCAUGCAGAAGAUAAAGGGACGUCGUCUCGAUCAGGCCUGGAUCGACCUGUGCCUGGAGGAGUGCGAAGAGAUCGCUCAGGAAGUCGUACACGUUAUUCUAAAGCUCCAAGCUGCCUCGAUGAACCACCGGCCGGUGGGCCCGGUUGGCGCUGGCCCGUACGAGAUGCAUUACGGCCUGUUCUUUCCCAUGGAAGGCGGCGGUCCUUUCGUCAACGAACAGCCUGUCGCGGACGACUUCAACGAGCGACUCGUUAUGUGCAUCGAGCGUAAGGUAUUGCUCGAGGACACUCCCUUUCUCAGAGCAUAUGAUUUGGUCCUGACGCAUCGCAAUCUCGCAACUUGGACCAUUUUCUUGGAAAAUGGCACCCACCAGGUCUAUUUCACGGGUUGGGAGAACGCCGGUUUUUAUCCCGCCGGUCUGGAUCUCGCGGUGCUCAGCCGCCAACCCAUUGGAGCGUGGGACGUGCAGUUCGCCGAGAUGGUGCUAGGAAAGUUUCCCGAGGACAAACGCGAGGCAUACGACCAGUUGGAGAUGUUUGACAAAGCUGAGUUCGAGAUGGGACUUCUCCCCGAACGAUCCAUGCACGGGAGGUGGGUUGAGGACCCGUGCGAACAGGAAUUUUAA